AUGUUGAGUCCCCCAAGGGCAGUACUGACCCUGGAACCCCCAUGGUUCAAUGUGCUCCAAGGGGACAAUGUGACUUUGACUUGUGAUGGGUUCCAGACUCCUGGAAAGAAUUCUAUUGAAUGGCGCCACAAUGGGUCAGCUAUCCCCAUCCACCAAGACUCCUAUAUCAUCCCAGCUGUCUUUGUGGAGGACAGUGGGGAAUACCAGUGUCAGACAGAACACACAGCUCUCAGCAACUCUGUGCAACUACAGGUCUCUAGAGAUUGGCUGCUACUCCAAGCAGAGAGAUUAGAAUUCAUGGAAGGUGACACUAUGAUCCUGAGGUGCCACAGUUGGAGGAGCCAACCCUUGCACAAAGUCACAUACUACCAUGACAACACAGCCUUAAAGUUUGACUCUCAGACUUUCAACUAUAUUGCCUCUCCAGUGAACCAUACUCACAGUGGAUCCUACUACUGUAAAGGGAACCUGGGGCAUACUCCCCGUAUAUCUGCAACUGUGAUUAUCACUGUCAAAGAUCCAACUGUACCCACUGCCUCAUCUUCUAAAAUCUGGUUCUACAUCCCUUUCUACCUUGUGAUGGGAAUUCUGUUUGCAGUGGACACUGGUCUGUACUUCACACUUAAGGGAGAGGUCAAUGGCCCAAAGAAGAACACAAGGCUCCCUCUCACCAGAUGGCAUAAAGAAACUGAGGAUGACUGAUUCAUCAGCCUGUGGAAUGACUGGGGUCUUGGCAUCGCAGUGACCC